CUCUGCACAGCACAGGACGCCCCAGUCUGGCCCUCAGCUUCAGCUGCCCGGGCUCGGUAAACAGCUGCAGACCUUGCACACACGGUACCCGGGUGGAUGAGAGACAGUCUAGCGGGUCGUUCGGCACCCACUAGACCUCCGCACGGCGCUUAGCCCCUCAGGAAGAGAAGAAGCGGUACAAGUCACACACAGACAUGGCUUUGAAGAUUGUCAAAGGGAGCAUCGAUCGGAUGUUCGAUAAAAACCUCCAGGAUUUAGUACGUGGCAUUAGGAAUCACAAGGAAGAUGAGGCCAAGUACAUCUCCACAUGCAUCGAUGAGAUCAAACAGGAGCUCAAACAGGAUAACAUCGCUGUCAAAGCCAACGCUGUGUGCAAGCUCACCUACCUUCAGAUGCUGGGCUAUGAUGUCAGCUGGGCCGCUUUCAACAUUGUUGAAGUCAUGAGCUCCUCCAAGUUCACAUACAAGAGGAUUGGCUACCUGGCUGCCUCGCAGUGCUUUCAUGAGAGCACUGAUGUCAUCAUGCUGACAACUAAUCAGAUCAGAAAGGAUCUCAGCAGUCCCAACCAGUAUGACACAGGUGUUGCCCUCACUGGCCUCUCUUGUUUUGUGACCCCCGACCUGGCUCGGGACCUGGCUAAUGACAUCAUGACACUGAUGUCCCACACUAAACCAUACAUCAGAAAAAAAGCUGUGUUGAUCAUGUACAAGGUGUUUCUGAAGUACCCAGAGUCCCUGCGCCCUGCUUUCCCCAGGCUCAAGGAGAAACUGGAGGACCCAGACCCAGGCGUCCAGUCAGCUGCAGUAAAUGUUAUCUGUGAGUUGGCCCGGAGGAAUCCCAAGAACUACCUGUCUCUGGCUCCACUCUUCUUCAAACUAAUGACGUCCUCUACUAAUAAUUGGGUUCUCAUUAAGAUCAUCAAGCUGUUUGGGGCUCUCACACCUCUGGAGCCACGGUUGGGGAAGAAGUUGAUUGAACCUCUGACAAACCUGAUUCACAGUACCUCUGCCAUGUCUUUGCUGUAUGAAUGUGUCAACACUGUAAUUGCAGUGUUGAUUUCCUUGUCUUCUGGGAUGCCGAACCACAGUGCUAGUAUCCAGCUCUGUGUGCAGAAACUGCGAAUCCUGAUAGAAGACUCGGACCAGAACUUGAAAUACCUGGGCCUGCUGGCCAUGUCAAAGAUCCUGAAGACCCACCCCAAGUCAGUGCAGAGUCAUAAGGACCUCAUCCUCCAGUGUCUGGAUGACAAGGAUGAGUCCAUCCGCCUGAGAGCUUUGGACCUACUUUAUGGCAUGGUAUCAAAGAAGAACUUGAUGGAGAUUGUUAAGAAGCUGAUGCUGCAUGUAGACAAAGCAGAAGGAACCACCUACAGAGAUGAGCUGCUCACCAAGAUCAUUGACAUCUGCAGCCAAAGCAACUACCAGUACAUCACCAAUUUUGAAUGGUACAUUAGUAUCCUGGUGGAGCUGACCCGAUUGGAGGGCACGAGGCACGGCCACCUCAUUGCUUCUCAGAUGCUGGAUGUUGCUAUCCGGGUCAAAGCCAUACGGAUCUUUGCAGUUGCCCAGAUGGCCACUCUGCUGGACAACGCCCACCUGUUGACUGGAAACAUGCAGCGAAACGGCAUCUGUGAGGUGUUAUACGCUGCAGCCUGGAUCUGCGGAGAGUUCUCAGAACACUUGGAGAAUCCACUGCAGACGCUGGAAGCUAUGCUGCGGCCAAAAGUGGCCACCCUACCGGGUCACAUCCAGGCAGUGUACGUGCAGAAUGCAGCCAAGCUGUUUGCCACUGUACUGAAGAGCCAGGAGGGGAACACAGACAGCACAACCGCACAGGAAACCAGCCAGCUGAUGAUAGACAGGCUGCCACUGUUUGUCCAGAGCGCAAACCUGGAGGUGCAGGAGAGGGCGUCUUGCAUCCUGCAGUUGGUCAAAUACAUCCAGAAACUGCAGCAGAAGGACGUAGAAGUAGCAGAGGAAGUCAGUGCGCUGUUUGCUGGAGAACUUAACCCUGUAGCCCCCAAGGCACAGAAGAAAGUGCCUGUUCCUGAAGGUCUGGACUUGGAUGCAUGGAUCAACGAGCCUCCAUCUGAGAGUGAGUCUGAGGAUGAACAGCCCAAGGCUAUUUUUACCAAGGAGGAGCCCAAACACUCCCGCCCCCGUCACACAGAGGUGGAUGAGAAGGAGCUGGCGAGGAGGAGAGAAGCCAGAAAGCAAGAGCAAGCAAACAACCCAUUCUACAUCAAGGCCUCCCCAUCCUCUCAGAAGGUGUACCAGGAAGCCCCUGGAGUGGAGCACAUCCCAGUUGUGCAGAUUGACCUCAGUGUGCCUCUCAAAGUCCCAGGUCUGCCUAUGUCUGACCAGUAUGUGAAACUGGAAGAGGAGCGUCGUCAGAAAGAGAGAGCAGAGAAGAAGAAGAAGGAGAAGAAGAAGAGGAAAGAAAAGCGUAGUGGACGAGGGAAGAAACAUGAUUCUGGUCCGGAGAGUGAGGAGGACAUCACUCCUGCGCACAUGGUUGACAUUGUUACAGAGGAGAUGCCAGAGAAUGCCUUACCCAGUGAUGAUGAUGACAAAGACCCCAAUGACCCUCACAAAGCACUGGACAUCGAUCUGGACAAGCCCCUCGCAGACAGCGAGAAGCUACCCGUCAGGGCACACCGUGCAGCUGAGGCUGCGAAAAGCCCAGCAGAAGAUGGAGAUGCAGAGAUUGGUACUUCACAGGAGCCCAAGAAGAAGAGCAGCAAAGAAAAGAGGGAGAAGAAGAAGGAUAAAGACAGGGAUAGGAAGAAAAGUAAAGAGGAGAAGAAGAAGAAAAAACACAAACAUGAGGAAAGGGGGGAGGAUCUUCUCGGGGGUCCAGCAGAUGAGCCUGUAGUCCAAUCAGAAGAAACCAGUGAGGUGGCAGCACCACCCACUUCCACCAGUGCUGAGGUUUCGGAUCUGGAUUUCUGGCUCUCAAAUGCUCCAGUGCCCUCUAACACCCAGGAAGUAGCAACAGUAGCAGCAGAAGCAGAACCAGCCCCUGUGCCCGAGGCCGCUUCUGGCGCGGCGCCAGACUCUGAGCCUGACGAACCCAAAGACACUGAGAUGGAGGAGAUUAAGUCCUCCAAACACAAGAAGAAGAAGCAGAAAAAGGAGAAGGAAGAGAAGGAGAAGAAAAAGAAGAAAAAGCAUCAUCAUCAUCAUCAUCAUCAUCACCACAGCGACGGUGGAGAAGGGUCGGUGCAGAAUGGCACCGUGGAGGAGGAAGAACCUCUGCCGCCCAUGUCCAAUUACUGCCUGCUGGCUGAGAACUCCUACAUCAAGAUGGUUUAUGACAUCCAGGGAAACCUGCAAGAUGGCAGUCAGGUUGUGGUGUCUGUUAUAUUUGAAAACAAGUGUGACAGCUUCCUUAAAUCCAUGGAGUUCAACGUCCUGGACUCUCUCAACUCCAAGCUGCAGAGGCCAGACGGAGCAGAUCCACAUGAUGGCCUCGCCGUUCCUUUUCAACUUCCACCUGGGGUGUCCAAUGAAGCACGUUUUGUGUUCACCGUGCAGAGCAUUGUAAUGCCACAGAAACUGAAGGGAACCCUCACCUUCAUUGUCAAGAAUGAUGACUCCUCAACUCAUGAAAAACUGGACUUCAAACUGCACUUUACCUGCACCUCCUACCUAAUCACUACCCCAUGCUACAGUGACGCGUUUGCUAAGCUGCUGGAGUCUGGAGACCUGAAGUGCAGCUCUGUUAGACUGGAGGGUGUCAACAUGCCCUUUCACCACCUACUGGCCAGGAUCUGCUUCCAUCACCACUUUUCUGUUGUCGAGAGAAUCGACUCCUGUGCCUCCAUGUACAGCCGGUCUAUCCAGGGUCACCACGUCUGUCUGCUGGUCAAAACUUCUGGACAGACAGUGUCAAUUGACGCUAAAUGUGACGAGCCGACGAUGCUUGGGAAUGUGCUGGACGAGAUCAAGCAGACCUUCUCUCAGUGCUGAUUGUGUCCAACAGCCCCAGGGUGCCCCCGACCCCUCCACGCCACCCCCCUCCCUUGCUGAAACACAACAUAAUCAUGUUAUGAAACACUGCGGCUGGCACUUCCAGUAUCGCCCUAUUUAUUAGUCCUGAGAUUCGCAAGAUUUCUUUUCCCUUACCUUCUAUUUCAAUGUCCUCUGUUGUUCCUCUGCACUCUGAGCUCUGUGGUCACUCCCUGACAGUAUAUGUUGUUUUACAGACUCACUUUGUAUUUGCUACGUCUUCUCUGCAAUGCACUUUCAUUUUUACUCAAUGGUUUUCCAAAAACCCCAACAGCCACCCCACUUCUGACUCUGUACUGAGCUCCUGUUUCUGGAUGCUCUGCAUCUCCUCUGCUCUUUCCUGUGUAUCGUUCUGCCCUCCACUUGUAGGCAAUUCAGUCUGUGACAGUCAUGUAAUGUAAUGUUGACAACUGGACUUUUGCUGUUGAUGGUUGAAUUGUGUUUUUCAUAUUUUGAAGGGGUUUUUUGUCCUUGGUUUGUUUUUGUUUGUUGUUCUUUUGUCUCAUUUUUUUCUUUUUCUUUUUUUUGGCUAAAGCCUCUCUGCGCCUUUUUCUUCCCCCCUUUUUUUCCACUCACUAAACAUCGGUGUGCGUGCUGCUCUUCUGUGUAGAAAUGGAAACCAUGUGACUGGCUCGUUUUAAGACUGGUCCUAGCUGGAAAGAUGGGGACUCAGCCCUGCUCACCCUCCACUGACCUGGUGCCUGGAGAAGACCAGACAGUGGGGGACUCCUGUAAGAAUAGUGCAGAGAUGAAACCAAAGCUACAUAUAAGGCAUGGGUCUUUAACUAGUAUGAGAGCUGGUGCCCUACUUGCCUUUUGGCAAGGCUCAGAGUAAAUCUGUUAGUGUUAGUCGAACAGAAUCCUUGUGUGGCACCAGAGGUGAUUUGUGCAGUAGGUCAGUGGUUUUGCUCUGUGCCUUGCAGUCUGAUCUAUUACAGCUCUUCACAAGUCUCACAGAGCCCCACCCCCCUCCCCAAUAUAUCUGCUCCUAAACCCAACUGUGCUAAACUGCAGUUUGACAGCUAUUUGCUACGAUCACUCCCUCCCAGAAUAAAACAAGAAAUGGAAGAUGGGAGAGUGUAAAAAUAAUUGAAAGAUACUCUGGCACCAGAGUGUACAGUGUAAUGUGAGAUUUCUGUUUCACCCUGCUGUCAGGACAUUGACACCUUUCUCAGCCUCCUGAAACUGACAGAUGGGGAAAAUAGUUGUAUAGAAGAUAUUAUAUUGUUGUAAGUACAGAGAAGGAUGCUAUUAUUCAUGUGAAGUCGCUAUGCUGCUGAUGGCCCACAUUUUUUGUCAGUGAUAAAAUAAUCUGGUAUGAAGAGAGUUGCCCAUGUUACAUCGCUUUCCUGCCUCUUUCUUUAAAAAAAGUCUAACUAUGAUUGGCUAAAGGAUGAUAGUUACACCUUCAACCUGCCUCCAUUUUUUUUAAACCCAGCUGGUUUGCAUAUCAGGUUGCUCUCCCUGUAAAGAGAGACUGUUUAGUGGUCAGUGGUUUUACGUUCUCUUUCAAUCAGUAUUAGGCGAUGUGGCUUCCACUGUAAGGAAGCAUCUACUCUGUAAACAGCAAAAUGCAGCUUUGUCUCUCUUCAUGUGAAAUCAUGUGAAACCUUUUUUGCGCCUGUGCCACUUGGACGUUUGCACCACAGUAGCCACACCUGGCUGACACUCAGCCAGCGUGUACGCAGAUAAACCCCAGUGUUUCUUCUCAUCUCAGAAACUGCCUUGCCACUUUUUUUGUGCAUUGACAUACUACAAUGAACAUGACUGGUCAUUUUUAAAGAAAUGACCUCCUCUUUAGAAGUUUCUCAGACGUAUUUGAUGUUUUAGUUUGUCAUUCAUGUCUCAUGUCACUAUCCGGUCCAGCACGACUUAACCUUGUAGUAGCAAGCUAAAAACUGACUCGGUAGCGUCUCUGUUCAUAUAUACUGUAAGGCCCCCUUCACAUCUGUGUGCUAUUGUAGAUAACACCUAUGAUAAUGAUGUCUGUGGCCUGAAGGUCAGGUCAGCCAUUCCAUGAGGUCGGCCUCUCCAGUAGUAGAGUCUGAAUACAGAGGUGAUCAGCUGUAUUUCAGGAAUGUCAAUAGAAAAUAAGUAUGUAUGUAUUCCCUAUUCAUGAAAAUGACUGAUAUCAGUGAAACUGCAAAACAACUCCCCUAAUCAUACAUUGUCCUAGUUCUGAUCAUUUUUCUUGUGCAUAAUAUUUGAUUAAAAUUUGUAUAUUGCAUGAUUAGGAAUGUACACUUUUUUAUUUACCUUUUUUUCUGUUCCAUGGACAUGCUCACAAACAAAAACUUGUCAUUCCAAUUUGUCCUUUUUCUUUCUAGUUUUUCUUUUUUUUCUUUUUUUUUUAAAAUGAAGUUUACUUGACCAUUCUCUGUUUUUGAUGGUAUUGUGUUUUUAUCUAGUCUAAGUUUGGACGAUUUAAAAAAGGUGAUAUCGUUGAAUGUUUUUAAAUUAUUAAACACAGGGGAAGGAAGGGGGUUCUGUUUGGUUUCAUGACUUGAGGGCCGGGGGUUCAAACAUUAAGUUUGAGUAGAACAGGUCACGUGAAGCAGUGUACUGAGAGGCAACCCACUCUGUCUUAAUUCUCUAUUGGUUCAGUUGUAGUGAAUUAUUUUACCGAGUUUGGCUUGUGACAUUGAAAUAUACUCUCAUAUGGCUCUGAUUAUUUUUUUUUGAAGGUCCUGUCUUUAUUUCUCCAUACUCAAUUCUCCAGCUGUAAAAUGUAAUAUGUUCUUAAGGGGACAACAUAAAUUAUCUUCAUUCCCUUUAAAGAAACUCCACCCGAAAUUAAAAAUAAAGACUGUAAGAAGCUGUUGUAGUCUUUUGUGUGUGUUACAGUGAACCAAUAAACACCCACAUAAAACAAAAUGUUGAAUAUA